GUAAAAGACGAGCAAUAAUUGUACAGUAACUUUUUAUAAUAAACAAAUCCCAAAUUAUUAUAUCCUAAUCAGGUACAAACCCCGCAGUCGCUCGCUGGUUCCUUCUCUCCUCUUCUCUUUCCUUUCCUUCCUUGUGUUGUGUGGCGGGCGAGCGCAGUCCAGGAGGGAAACAGAUUCUGCUCCUCAGCUGGAUUCGUGAGAAGAAUACCCAAACAAAGGGUUGCGGAAAUCAGAGCGGUUUGCGGGGGCUGCUGUGGAUCUGCUUCCAUCCAAUCCUCUCUUUCUCUCCGACCUCCCCGAUCGCGAUUUCCCCUCUGUCUUUCUGCUUUCUCCCGGUUGGUUGUACGCAAACCAGCUCGUGUUGUCUUCGGUUUCUCAAUCGAUCAAUCAUGGCGUCCAAGCGCAUCUUGAAGGAACUCAAGGAUUUGCAGAAGGAUCCACCCAGUUCCUGCAGCGCAGGUCCUGUGGCAGAGGACAUGUUCCACUGGCAGGCAACGAUUAUGGGACCCUCUGAAAGCCCCUAUUCUGGAGGUGUUUUCCUGGUUACGAUCCAUUUCCCCCCAGAUUAUCCUUUCAAGCCCCCUAAGGUAGCAUUCAGGACCAAGGUCUUUCACCCUAAUAUCAACAGCAAUGGAAGCAUCUGUCUAGAUAUCCUCAAAGAGCAGUGGAGCCCUGCUCUUACCAUUUCAAAGGUUUGCAUUUAUCUGUUACCCUUGCCCACGAAGAGUUUUAUGUUUGCUUCUCAAUUUCUCAUGAUUGGGGAUGUUAUUUCAUGGUUUUGCAACUACACCAAAUGUUAAGGCAGGGUGAAUGGUAUAGGAAACUUGCGUGAAGCUCAUGCAGCUGCAAGAGAGGUGCUUCUCUCAAUCUGCUCCUUGUUGACGGAUCCCAAUCCCGAUGAUCCUUUGGUGCCAGAGAUUGCCCACAUGUACAAGACAGACCGUGCCAAGUACGAGGCGACUGCACGCAGCUGGACCCAGAAGUAUGCUAUGGGAUGAUAGUACUAGAAGUGUUCGAUAAGAGUGCAACAAGACACACAAACACUGAAGAAGGAAGGUUAUCAAUUAUCAUGUCUUAAGGAUUCGAAACAUUUUGAUUACGUUGUGGGAGAAUGCAGCAGUUGGUCCUGCUUGUUUUUGGCUGUGUAGUAUAUGUUUUUGGUUAGGGGCUCUUGAAGUUUGAAGGGAAGCCGGCUUUUUAUGAACUCCAUAACGAUUUUAUAUUACUUGGGCGUUCUUUUCUUGCAUUUUGUUGGAUGGUCUUAUGAAUAUGAUAUAUUCCCCAACGAACUGGUUGUCUUGUUUCCGAUCUCUAGAUGCCAAUUGCGAUCCAGCAAAUCUCGAUUCCAGCUGUGCUUGUAAUCAAUCACGUUUUCACGUGUAUCAGAGCUUGGGG